GAAGUGAGCUGCUCUGCUGGCUGCAAAAGUGGCCGCGGCUUCACCGCCGACCCUGUCCGGGGAGAGAGCGCCUGAACUGUCAGACUCAGUUUCUUCUCCAUCCCUUCCCGGUUGUGGAGUGUUGCAGGUCCGCGUAGGGGAGAACCUGCUCCGCCACCAUGGGGGGCGGAGACCUGAACCUGAAGAAGAGCUGGCACCCACAAACCCUCCGCAAUGUGGAGAAAGUGUGGAAGGCCGAGCAGAAGCAUGAGGCCGAGCGGAAGAAGAUCGAGGAGCUUCAGCGGGAGCUGCGGGAGGAGCGGGCCCGGGAGGAGAUGCAGCGCUACGCUGAGGAUGUCGGUGCUGUCAAGAAAAAAGAAGAAAAACUGGACUGGAUGUAUCAGGGCCCAGGGGGGAUGGUGAACCGGGAUGAGUACUUGCUGGGACGCCCCAUCGACAAGUACGUGUUUGAGAAGACAGAGGAGAAGGAGGCGGGCUGCUCUUCUGAGACAGGCCUCCUCCCUGGCUCCAUCUUUGCCCCAUCAGGUGCCAAUUCUCUUCUUGACAUGGCCAGCAAAAUCCGGGAGGACCCGCUGUUCAUCAUCAGAAAGAAAGAGGAAGAGAAAAAAAGAGAGGUAUUGAAUAAUCCUGUGAAAAUGAAGAAAAUCAAAGAAUUGUUACAAAUGAGUCUGGAAAAGAAAGAGAAGAAGAAGAAGAAGGAGAAGAAGAAGAAGCACAAGAAGCACAAGCACAGAAGCUCCAGCAGCGACCGCGACAGCAGUGAGGACGAGCGGAGCCGGCGGAGAUCUCAGAAGAAGACCGCAAACUCCUUCCCUGUUUUGUCCAAAGUCCCUGGAUAUGGCUUACAGCUCAGAGACUCUGACCACAGCCAGGGACUGCGGGGGCCUCUGAUGGCUGAGCCGAAGGGAGCGCACAGAUGCAAGAGUCACUCCAGGUCCCGAAGUUCCUCACACUCACCUCCUAGACACGCCAGCAAGAGGAGCACCAGAGAAGCGCGGAGAUCGAGGUCCCCAGGCCGAAGGUCACGAUCCCCACGGCCAAGCAAACAGCACAACUCCAAGGCAAACAGGAGAGAGAGAGGCCGAACUAAGAGCCCAUCUCCCAAAAAAGAGGUCUACCAAAGGCGACAUGCUCCCGGGUACACCAGAAAACUCUCAUCGGAAGAACUAGAGCGAAAACGACAAGAGAUGAUGGAAAAUGCCAAGUGGCGGGAGGAAGAGAGGCUGAACACCCUCAAAAAGCAUGCAAGGGAUGAGGAGCGGGAGCAGAGGCUCGAGAAGUUGGACACCCGCGAUGGGAAGUUCAUCCACCGCAUGAAGCUAGAGAGCGCGUCCACCUCCUCCCUGGAGGACCGAGUAAAACGGAAUAUCUACUCUCUACAGAGAACGUCAGUCGCUCUAGAGAAGAACUUUAUGAAAAGAUGAAAACCCUCCUUGGCCGGUUUUCCUGAAUUUUCCAGGAAGGCUGUUGAUGCCUUAGAAAUUCUCUUUAUAAGAGUUUGAACAACUUUUUUUCACAGAUGUCAUAACACCACUGUUCAAAGUGACUCUCCUCCAUCACUUCUGGAAACAGUGCUGCAUCAUUUGAGAACCAGUGUGGCUUGCUUUGUGGACUGUCUGAGAUCAUUGGUACCUUUUGCUGCGGGGAGAGAGCGUUUGAACUGUUUUGCUAAGGUUGGGUACUGGACCAUCUAGGUGUGAUCACUCAUCCUGCUGCGAACUAAAUUUUGGCGGCACCAGGAUGGAACCCAGAGCCUCACCUACCUAAGGCAAGUGCUCUUCCGCUGAGCUGCAUCCCCGUUCCUCAUCUUUCUCUGGAAGCUGCUGCAUGUCAACCUAGUACCCGUGUGAGCAGCCUAUUCCAUUGCCUCCUUGUAGACAGAACAUUUCCUAAGCUUCUCUUUCUAGUCACUCAGAUUGUGAUUACCUGGGAUAAAUGAACAUUGGCUGGUAUCAGUGGUUACGUACAGAAAGAUGUCAGGUCAGAGUAGCUCCAAAGGGCUGACAACUGGAAAACCUUACGUAAAUCAUCUGAACUAUCUAUUGAACUGCAAUAAUGUAGUGUGUAUGUGUACAAAUGUAUACUUUUUUCAUGUUUGUUUUUUUUAAAAAAAAAACCCAAAAGUUA